CCUCCGUCGUAUUAUUGAUUGUCAUUGUUACCAUAACUGUUCAGCACAGUUCCCCUUAAAAAAUAAAAUGGAAUAAAAAUAAUAAAACUAAAUAAACUAAACUAAAUAAAAACCGGAAACGGAAGUCCCAAAGAGCUUCCGGGGCUUUAAGGAGGAAGAAGACGACGGCGGUUUGAAAGAUGGCGGCGCACACGCAGAAGAACAACAAACCGGGCAAACCGGGAGGGAAGGAGGCUCAGCCGCUCAUCAUCGCCAAGACUCCGGCGGAGGAGCAGCGGCUGAAGCUGGAGCGGCUGAUGCGGAACCCGGACAAAGCGGCCCCGAUCCCGGACCGGCCGAAGGAGUGGAACCCGCGCGCUCCGCCGGAGUUCGUCCGGGACGUGAUGGGCUCGAGCGCCGGCGCGGGCGCGGGCAGCGGAGAGUUUCACGUUUACCGGCACCUCCGCCGCCGCGAGUACCAGCGGCAGGACUUCCUGGACAAGAUCUCCGAGAAGCUGAACCGGGACCAGGACUACCUGGACAAGGUGGAGCAGAACCGGCGCGAGGCGGAGGAGCGGACGGCCAAGCGGCGGAAGAAGCGCGAGAAGCUGAAGCAGAAAAAACUGAUGGCGAAGAAGAAGAAAGUGGAGGAGCAGCAGGAGGAGGAGAAGAAGAGCUCCGACAGCAGCGAGGAGGAGCAGGAGGAGGAGGAGGAGAAGGAGGACGACGCCGAGGCUCCCAGCUUCAUCAUGGGGAGGAAAUGACUCCUCCGCCUCCUGCAGGAGGACCGCGGGGACCUGCUGGAUCUCAGGGUCUGGACCCAGAGACGGACCGGAACCACCAGAGGCCCCACGAGACCAUAUCAUCAAAGUAUACUUAAAAUACUUAACGCUCUGAGACCCUUUAAGACCCACUGAGAUCCUUUAGGACCCGCUGAGAUCCUUUAGGAUGCUUUAAGACCCUCUGAGAUCCUUUAGGACGCUUUAAGACCCUCUGAGAUCCUUUAGGAUGCCUUAAGACUCUCUGAGACCCUUUAGGAUGGUUUGAGACCUUUUGAGACCCUCUGAGAUCCUUUAGGACGCUUUAAGACCCUCUGAGAUUCUUUGAGGCUCUCUGAGACCCUUAAGGAUGGUUUGAGACUCUCUGUGACCCUUUAAGACUCUCUGCGACCCUCUGAGACUCUCUGAGACCCUCUGAGACCCUCUGAGACUCCCUCUGAGACCUCUCU